AUGGCGGAUCCAAAGAAGCGCUAUGGUUUGUUUAUCUGCAAAAAACAGAAUGGAUUUGUUCCUGGGAAAUCCAAUAUCUUUGGAGAUGACAGCGAUGAGGAUAGUCAAGCUGCUGUUAGUGCAUCAUUGCAAAAGGAAUCACUUAAAAGCAAAGUUAAAAAACAGACUCAGCUUGAAAUUGAUAAAGCCUUAAAUGAUGACCCAAAUGUGUAUGAAUAUGACAACAUUUAUGAUGAGAUCCACACCGAAAAGUUAAAGACUGAUGUUCGCUUGAAGAAUCAGGCAGACAAAAAGCCCAAAUAUAUUGAGGGUUUGCUAAAAUCUGCCAACCAGAGAAAGAAGGAACAGGAAAAGCGAAUGGAACGGAAAAUUCAACUUGAACGUCAGGCAGAAGGAGAAGAGUUCAAAGAGAAGGAAGAGUUUGUGACCUCGGCCUACAAAAAGAAAUUGUUGGAGAUGCAGGAAGAGGAGGAUCGUGAGAAAAGAGAAGCAGAGAUGGAAGCUCUGCUGGAUGUAACUAAGCAAAAAGAUAUGAGUGGUUUCUAUAGAUAUCUUUACCAUCAGCAAACAGCUGAUUCAGAUGUACAAGAAAAAGAAAGUGAAAAAGUAUCUUCAGUUACUGUGAAAGAAGAGAAGGCUUCAUCAGAAGAGAAAGAGAAAAUUGAUUUAGAGAAGGAUGUCAAAAAGAUACUCCCCAAGUAUGAAGGAAAACAUCAGAAGACAGAGCCAACUUCUUCAGAUGAUAAUUCUGAAGACGAAUCAAAGCAUGUAAAACGUUCAAGACCUCGAUCCUCAUCAUCAGUUUCCUCGACAUCUUCCUCUUCCUCCUCCUCCUCAAACAGCAGUCAAAAAAAUAAGGGCAGUAAACAGAAGGACUUUGCAUCGAGUAAAGCCACUGCAAGUCGAGAAGCAAUACUUGAAGACAGUAAAAAGUACCUCUCAAAGAAUCAGAAACGUUACCAAUCAGAUUCUGAAGACCAUGAUGACCAAGAACAAGUAAAAAAAAGAAAAACUGCUGCAACAAAAUCUAGUUUUUCAGAAAACAAGAGCCGUAGUCAAAGAAACCAGUAUUCACGUUCAAGGUCUCGAUCUCGGGAACGGCAUCAUCCUGCCUCCAAGAAAUUCAGAGAUAGAUACUCGAGAUCCAGAUCAAGAGAAGAUGGUAGACAUGGUUAUCGUGAUAACCGGUACCGGGCUGUCAGGGCUAAACUUCGCAUUAAAGUUAAUUGCUGGUUCUGUGGCAAAUGUGUCCGUGUUCCAUUUGGAAACCGUAAUUGCUGGGACUGCCCCUCUUGUGAGCAGUACAAUGGAUUUACCAGUGAGGGUGACUACAACAAAUCCAUCCCAGCCCAAUGGACAACUGAAUUAAAUCACCCAAUUCCUUGUGAAAAGCAAGAGUUUAUCCAAUCAUCCAAUGGUCUCUGUGCUGCUUGUAAUGAGAAGCAGCUUCUCAAAAUGCAACAAUUGGCUGUAUUUAAACCAUUUGUUGAGUCAAAUUAUAACAAAGAAGUGAAUGAUUAUAAAGAACAUUUGGAAAAGAUUUAUAAUCUUUGUUACAAAUGCACCCUGUAUGUUCAUCAGGAGUUGGAGCGACAGGAUUUAGCCCUGAAACUACGUCAUUCACAAUAUUUGAGCAGUGACUCUCUCUUCUCUUCACAGACUUCCUCUUCUACAUCAGAAAGUUCUUUACCAGAGGCUGUUCCUGUAAAAAAUGCUGGCCAAUGUUUGUAUGCAAGUGAUGUAGUUUGCUGCGUCAUUUGGUUCCUUCAAUCUCUGUUGAGUGUUCUCAUAACAUUUAACAUGGUUUCCAGUGUUUUUCUUUCAACAUUGCAAUCUGUCAAUCCCGCUGUCAGCCUACUUUCAAUCAUCUUAAACAUUUUCUCUUCUGCUUGCUCAAGAAGUACAGUUUCAAAUAAAAAAAUUUCCAGACUUUCCUAUUCUCGGUCAUCAAAUUCUUCAUCAUUACCAUCAUUCAGUUCACAACGAGCAGAGUCUGUACGCUGUUUUGAUUGUAGCGAUUCUCUCUCCAGUUGGCGUUCCAGCAAAACCAAAUUAACAUCUCCAAGCAAACUGGAUUCAUCCUUUUCAUCUUUUAAUAAACCUUUUCUUCACCAUCGAUCUUCAUCCAGUUCCUUUCCUCUUGUCAAAGACACUUGGCAACCACUUUCUAUCAAAACAGACUUUCUGUCUUUUCCUCUUGGACAUGAUUUGAAUCUUUUUAAAUCUCUGAGCCAAACCUCAGUUAAUGGUAACUUUGCCUCUGGACAAUCCUCGCCCAAAUCAUUUUUUUCUCGGCCAUUAUCCAGAUCAUCAAGUUUUUUGUCAGUAAACAACAAAAAUCAUUUGUCUCCUUAUUUCCAACGAGGUCCGAGUUCAUUGAAUGGAAGUUUUUCCUCUCUGAAAGAAACACGCAAAAAUACACCUUCAUCUUUAGCAGAUAACAUUCUUGGCUUAAAAAUGAACAAAAUCUCCCUUGGAUCUUCUAUAUCUCACUCUCAAAAGUCAAUGUCAGAUGCCAAUCUGUCAAAAUCCAUGAAUAGUUCUCCAUCUCCAGUUUUGACUCGAGGAGAAAUUGCGCCUGCCAGACUUUCUAUUUUCAAACAAGAAAGUGAUCAUCUCUCACCAAACAAGGCAUUUUCUGAUCGGGACAGUCUGUUCAGUUCUUCCAAUUGUCAAAAUUUUCUGAGUGAUACUGCAUCAGUUCACUCUGACAACUUUUCUGUACGAUCUUGCAGUUCAAGGAAAAGCAGACAGCUUGGUAGUGAACAUUUUUCUCCAAAUAAUAGCUUACGUUCAACAAGUGACACCAGUCAAUCAGAACUUAAUGACACUGAUGACUCAAAGGAAUCCAGUCCAUGCCCAGCAAACAGUGUUUUAGAUAUUCAGUCAAAAAAUACAGCAUUACCGCUUUUCUCAUUAUCUCCCUUUUCACAAAUCUCUUCAUAUUCCUUUUCUUUGCAUUAG